AUGGCCUGGCAGUCGCCCUCGGCCAUGAACGGCGGCGGUGCCAACGGAGGGGGUGACGGCAAUGCGCCCGCCGGCACAGAGUACACAUUGCAGGGUGUGAUGCGAUUUCUACAGCUGGAAUGGCACAACCACGAGCGUGCACGGAAUGCCUGGGACAUCGAGCGCGCCGAGAUGAAGGCCAAGAUUGCAAAACAGGAGGGCGAGGUGCGGAGUGCGAAGAAGCUCAACGACCAGCUGAACAAGCACAUUCGCAUGCUGGAACAGGCCCUCACCAACGAGAGGAAGAAGAAGAGCGAGGCAGCAGGAGGUGACGCCGAGGCCACAACAGACGACAAGAAUGACCCCAAGGGCAAGAAGAGUGGCAGGAACUCGACGAAGCCUCAAAACAAGAAACACAACUCCUUCCUCGACGUUGACUCGGAGUUCCUCGACCGUGCAGAGGCCGACCGCGAGAAUCUACGAGAGAAGUCGAAGCUCUACCUCACGAAAUGCGUCGAAGAGAUCACGUACCUCCUUACACCACCCCCGCAAGCCCCGCAACAACAGCAGAACAUGCAGCCGCUCGCAAACGGCAACGGCUACAUGAACCAUGGCGAGGCCUCGAUGGAAGAUAUCUACCUCCAACAACAUCGCCAGAGGCUGCAGUCGCAACUCCCAACCAUGCCAGGCACAUCGAUGCCUACCCACCAGCCUCCCAACGUACCAGUCCCCUCCGAACUACAGAGCUUGGCCAACCAGCACCAAAUCCACCACGCACCGCAGAUGGCACGAGAGCCUUCACAGCAACAACCACUUCCGUCCAACGCUGCCAUGGCUCAGGAGCUUCUCGCUGGACAUCAACGCCAGGUCCAGAACCAGCAGCACUUCUCCUCGGUGCCCGAAGAGCAGGUUGAAAAGGUCACUCAUGCUUUCGACAACGAAGGCCGUCAAAUACCGAUACGUGGAGAUGACGCCUCGGAUGCAAGCCAGGCUGCCAACCAAGACAAGGAUACAGAUGACUGGAUCUUCGACCCGGCAUCGGAAACAGCUCAGGAUGGCCCACCAAGGCGGCCUGACACCGAGGAGUUUCCAUCAGCGGAUAGCAUCCCAGCAAAAUCACCACCACGACCAGUCAAGAGGGCCAGCAAAGACCAUGUUAGGCGAUUGAGCAACGACCAGAAAGCACAGCAAGCCGUAGCUCAGUCAGCAGCAAAGAACGACCCGCAAAGUUUCAAAGUUCGAUUCGCACUCCGCGGUCACCUUGAUGUAGUGCGGUCCGUCAUUUUCACCGGGGGCGGCAGUCCUAGUGAACCCGAGAUCUGUACCGCAGGAGACGAUGGCAUGAUCAAGAGAUGGAUGAUCCCCGCAAGUUACGCAAACCAGCACAGCAUGAACAAUGAUCUCGACAUCCAGCCGUUCUGGUCACAUCGAGGACAUGAAGGCACUGUGACAUCAUUGGCAGCCUGCCCCGCUUCUGCUCAUUUCGCUACGGGCGGAAGAGUCUCUGGCGAUGGCUGGAUAUUCUCUGGUGGUCAAGACGCUACGAUUCGCGUAUGGGAACGAGGCCGAGUCGAUCCCAAGGCCACCCUGGAAGGGCACACAGAUGCUGUCUGGACUGUAUGCGUUCUUCCGACCAACUGUGCUAAUCUCUUUGGCGCGGAUAGUAGCAAGUAUGGAGGACCGGACCGCGUCAUACUUGCUUCUGGGUCUGCUGACGGCACUAUCAAAAUCUGGGCUGUAAGUGCACCGCCUCAGCUGGUCUCACCGCAGACGGGAUCUCGACGUGGUGUUGGUGGUAGCCGAAGACAUUCCGUCACAUCUGGCUCGCAUCACCCAUCCUCACCGCAGCCCAGCAUUGCUACUACGACACCAUUCCAUCACACGUUGAUACAUACUAUCGAGCGCGACACGCAUCCUUCACCUACUUGUAUCAGCCCGCUGUCACCCACUGGAGAGAACUUUGUUGUCUCAUUCUCGGACGCAUCUAUAUUGGUGUACGACACGAGGACCGGUGAGGAAUUGAUUGGUAUGGCUAGCAAUGAGUCAUAUGACGGCACUCCAGCGACUGGUAUUACAUCAGUCGUGACAAGUUCCCAAUACCUUGAAGGCUCGUCACAAGAGGCGGGUCGCGGUGGUCCUGACGAGGAAGGUAUACACGGCCCGACGGGAUCUGCCAAUGGCGGUCUCGAAGGGGUUGUAAUCAGUGGGCACGAAGACCAUCUCAUCCGGUUCUUCGAUGCCAACUCAGCUAUUUCUUCGUUGUCGCUCAGCAAAGACGGCCGGGAAGCCGUCUCCGCUGGCCACGACGCUUCCAUUCGUUUUUGGUCCCUUGACAAGCGCAUCUGCACACAGGAGAUCACCGCGCAUCGUAUCAUGCGUGGCGAAGGUGUGUGCAGCGUAGUUUGGAGUCAGGACGGUCGCCUUGUCGUCUCAGCAGGUGGCGACGGCAUAGUGAAGGUAUUUGCAAGGUAG